GCGGAUAAUUAUCGAAAAGCUGAAUUAGUGAACCAGGUAUUUGAUGUGGCAUCGUCAUCGGAUAACUCCCAAGUAGCAGCUGGUGGAGCCGAUAAAUGUCUGACCGUGUUCGACGUGGAGACAGGGAAAAUCUUACGAAGAUGGCGAGCACAUGCUGAGUCAAAUGUGGUAUUUUCGGGUUCGACGGACUGUACUAUGCAGGCUUUUGAUAAUCGAAGCCGUAGUGAUAAAGCAAUACAGGUAAUUGUAUUGUAG